UAACUAUUACAAUAUGUUUUUUUUGUUUUGCUGUUUCAUUUACUUUGAUUUGUUGUUAAUUUAAAAGGUUGCUAAUUUUCCUUACAAUUCUAUAAUGAUUAAAUUUAUUGCAGAAAAUGGAAAUAGGAAAUAAGGUUUACCUAAAUAACAUUGACCAGAUAGAUGAAAAUUCGCAUAUCAAGGUUCGGGUGCUUAAAAUUUGGAACUUUGUCAGAAAUAAUAAAGUUUGUUCCAUUGAAAUGAUCAUCAUGGAUGAGGAGGGUACACAAUACCAAGCUCGUGUCUUCAAUCAGAAUUUCUCCAGAUUUCGUCAUCUUUUAAAGGAAGAUGAAAGUUAUAUAGUUAUAAAACCCAAUAUGGCUGCUGUUACUAAUGGUUUUAGUUAUACAGGUCAUAAACAGACCUUAACUUUGGAUUGGAAAAGCAUCCUAAAAAACUGUGAUGAUUUCUCGGGUCCGGUCAAUGGAUUUAUGCUUGUUGACUUUAAUUCUAUCAUAGAACAAACAUGCCCAAAAGACACAUUCUUUGAUGUUAUUGGACAUAUCGUGUCAUUUAGGCCUCUUGAAACUUCAAAUCCAGUACCAUCCAAGCAUUAUAUAAAAGUCACUCUUAGCAACCUAGAUUCUGUACAUCUGAAGGUUACUAUUUUUGGAAGUCAAGCAUAUCAAAUUUCAGAAUACCUAAAAAAUAACCCGACUGUUAAUUUUGUUGUUAUCGUGAUGCAGUUUUUGAAGCUAAACAUUUGGAAUGGUCUUGGUGAAGCUAAAAGUCAUUUUGAAGUAACGAAAUUGUUCAUAAAUUCUGACAUUUAUGAAAUAAAUGAGUUUAAAAAUAAGUUGAAAUGUCAUGACAAUUUCGGUAUAACUGAAAAAAGCAUAACUACACUUCAAAGCUACUCUUCUUCAUAUACAGAUGACUUUAAUGGCAAUUUUCCAUUAAAAACAAUCUGUGAGAUCACCGAACCAAUUAAGGCCGGAGACAGUGAUGCCCUAUUUCCAAUGCAACUUAAUGUGUUGAAAAACCGCAAGUUUGGUUUUGUUGUAGAUAUUACAGAAUACAAUGUCAACAACUAUAAUAACAUCUACACAGUUCUCAGAGUUACAGAAGAUAUGUCCAUUGUUUGUGAAUUGGAAAGUAAAAUAGAACUUAUGAGUAAUCAAUCUGUCUCCUUAAAUCAAGUUGCUUUGGAAUCCGAUGAUGUUGUACAGCCUGUUCAAAAGGAUGUGAUCUCACAAACAGACGAAAGUUUUACACCCUCAACAGUUGAUAAGUCAACCGCAACAAGUCCUUGCAAAAUAUCAGGUGAUUUGAAGCGCAACCUCCAAGAAAUUUAUGAUGUUGAUUCUGGAUAUGAUUUAAGUUCAACUAAGGCUAAAAGAAAGUCAACCGCAGAGGAAACUCCACUCUUGAUUCCAAAAAUUGAAAAGUGA